CUCCCAGGCAAAGCUGCCAAAACUUCCCUCUGCUGCUGGAGCUCUAAACUUGGCUGCAGGCCGGCAGUGAGAAGAGACCUAGAGCUACUUCAACAAAACUUUCUUGAGUCCUCCCUGCCUGCUUUCUCUAUCUCCCUUUCUCUCUCUCACCCUCCAACUCUGAUGAGAUUCACAUGGUACUUUGCCCAGAAGAAGGUGGCCAAGAAGAGGGUACUCACCCCCACCCCAAAAUAAGUCUGUUUUCCUUCCUCCACCCCCUCCCUUUUUUAACUUUUUCGGUUGGAAAGACAAAAUGUGCAGGGUGAUAGAUUGGGUGAAUUGAUGGCAUCCCUUUCUCUGCCAAGUCAGUCCGCUCUCUAAAAAUCCCUUUUGGGAAGACUGGAGGAUUUCACUUUGUUGGAGAAUAUAACUGGUGUGGCUUGAAAAAGGGGGAGAGCAGAGAGGAAUACGGGACUCGUACAGUGCUAUCUCUAUUGUUUGAAAUUUACUUUAUAUCAGAAAUUGAAGAUGAAAACGGUAAAGAAAUGGACAAAGUUUAAUAACUAUCAAGUCUGACACCUUAUUGAUAUCUAAAGGAAUUUUACAACAUACUUGUUUUUGAACUGAGAAAAUGACUGCAGAUAUAGAAGAAAGCACAGGUUGUUGGAAAAGAGUACCUGUCAAAAAGUGGAACAUCCAAUAAUUAUUUUGGAAGAAAUAUAAAAUAAAUAUCCCUGUUAUGGUGCGAUUCUGGAGUGGAGUUAACUCUAUAGCACAUAGGUAGCCCUCCAAAAAACCCCAAACCCUUUCUGUUUUUCUAAAUUAUGGAAAUUUUGUGGAAGACGUUGACCUGGAUUUUGAGCCUAGUCAUGGCUUCAUCGGAAUUUCACAGUGACAACAGGCUUUCAUAUAAUUCUCAAGAGGAAUUCCUGUCUUACCUUGAACAUUACCAACUAACAGUCCCAAUAAGGGUUGAUCAAAAUGGAGCCUUCCUCAGCUUUACUGUGAAAGAUGAUGAACCCUCAAGCAGAAGGAAGAGGAGUACAGACCUUUAUGACCAAGCAUCUAAAUUAUUUUUUAAACUUUCUGCCUAUGGCAAGCACUUUCAUUUAAACCUGAUUCUCAACACAGAUUUGGUGUCCAAACAUUUUACAGUAGAAUACUGGGGGAAAGAUGGACCUAAAUGGAAACAUGAUUUGUUAGACCACUGUCAUUACACAGGAUAUUUGCAAGACCAACAUAGCACAACUAAAGUGGCUUUAAGCAACUGCAAUGGUCUGCAUGGCGUUAUUGCUACAGAAGAUGAAGAGUAUUUCAUUGAGCCUUUAAGGAAUAUAACUGAAAAUUCCAAUCAUUUUAGUUAUGAAAGUGGUCGUCCCCAUGUUAUUUACAAGAAGUCUGCCAUGCACCAACGACAUCUCUAUGAUCAUGCUCAUUGUGGCGUCUCAGAAGACCUCACAAGAAGUAAUAAACCUUGGUGGAUGAAUGAUACAUCUGCUUUUCCAACUUCACUUCCAAUUAAUAACACUCUAAGUAGUCAUCGUCGACAGAAGAGAUCAGUAAGCAUUGAACGCUUUGUGGAGACGCUGGUAGUAGCAGACAAAAUGAUGGUGGGAUACCAUGGUCGCAAAGACAUUGAACAUUACAUUUUGAGUGUAAUGAAUAUUGUUGCCAAACUUUAUCGUGAUUCCAGUCUAGGAAACGUUGUGAAUAUUAUAGUGACUCGUUUAAUUGUUCUCACUGAAGAUCAGCCAAACUUGGAGAUAAACCACCAUGCAGACAAGUCCCUCGAUAGCUUCUGUAAGUGGCAGAAAUCCAUUCUCUCCCACCAAAGCGAUGGAAACACCAUUCCAGAAAAUGGGAUUGCCCACCACGAUAAUGCGGUUCUUAUUACUAGUUUUGGUAUGAACCAUGAUGGAAUUGGAAAUUCUUGUGGGACCAAAGGUCAUGAAGCAGCAAAACUUAUGGCAGCUCACAUUACAGCAAACACCAACCCCUUCUCCUGGUCAGCCUGUAGCCGGGAUUACAUCACCAGCUUUUUAGAUUCAGGCCGUGGUACUUGCCUUGAUAAUGAGCCUCCCAAGCGUGACUUUCUUUAUCCUGCUGUGGCCCCAGGUCAGGUGUAUGAUGCUGAUGAACAGUGUCGCUUCCAGUAUGGAGCAACAUCCCGCCAAUGUAAAUAUGGGGAAGUGUGUAGAGAGCUCUGGUGCCUCAGCAAAAGUAACCGCUGUGUUACUAACAGCAUUCCAGCAGCUGAGGGUACUCUUUGCCAGACAGGGAGCAUUGAGAAAGGGUGGUGUUUUCAGGGAGAGUGCGUACCUUUUGGCACUUGGCCCCAGAGCAUAGAUGGGGGUUGGGGUCCGUGGUCAAUAUGGGGAGAGUGCAGCAGGACCUGCGGGGGAGGAGUCUCCUCAUCCAUAAGACACUGUGACAGUCCAGCACCUUCUGGUGGAGGAAAAUACUGUCUUGGAGAAAGGAAACGAUAUCGAUCCUGUAACACGGAUCCAUGUCCUUCAGGGUCCCGUGAUUUUCGAGAAAAACAGUGUGCAGACUUCGACAAUAUGCCCUUCCGGGGAAAGUAUUAUAACUGGAAACCCUACACUGGAGGAGGGGUUAAACCAUGUGCAUUAAACUGCUUGGCUGAAGGUUACAAUUUUUACACUGAACGUGCCCCUGCAGUAAUAGAUGGAACUCAGUGCAAUGCUGAUUCGCUGGAUAUCUGUAUCAAUGGAGAAUGCAAGCAUGUGGGUUGUGAUAAUAUUUUGGGAUCUGAUGCUAAGGAAGACAGAUGCCGUGUGUGUGGAGGAGAUGGUAGCACAUGUGAAGCCAUUGAAGGUUUCUUCAAUGAUUCAUUGCCCAGAGGAGGCUACAUGGAAGUGAUUCAAAUUCCAAGAGGUUCUGUUCACAUUGAAGUAAAAGAAGUGGCUAUGUCAAAGAACUACAUUGCUUUAAAAUCUGAAGAGGAUGACUACUAUAUUAAUGGUGCCUGGACUAUUGACUGGCCUAGAAAGUUUGAUGUCUCUGGGACAGCUUUUCAUUACAAGAGGCCAACAGAGGAACCUGAAUCUUUGGAAGCUUUAGGCCCUACUUCAGAAAAUCUCAUAGUCAUGAUUCUGCUACAGGAACAGAAUUUGGGUAUAAGAUAUAAAUUCAAUGUUCCCAUCUCUCGUACUGGCAGUGGAGACAAUGAAGUUGGUUUUGCAUGGAAUCACCUGCCUUGGUCAGAAUGUUCUGCCACUUGUGCUGGAGGAAUACAGAAACAAGAGGUGGUGUGUAAAAGGUUGGAUGAUAACUCCAUUGUACAGAACAACUACUGUGAUCUAGACAGUAAACCACCAGAAAACCAAAGAGCCUGCAACACUGAGCCUUGCCCACCCGAGUGGUUUAUAGGAGAUUGGUCAGAAUGCAGUAAGACCUGUGAUGGAGGAAUACGUACACGAACAGUUCUCUGUAUCAGAAAGAUUGGACCAUCUGAGGAGGAGACACUGGACAAUAUUAACUGUUUAACACACCGGCCUAUUGAAAAAGAACCCUGUAACAAUCAGUCUUGUCCACCACAGUGGGUUGCCUUGGACUGGUCAGAAUGCACUCCAAAAUGUGGUCCAGGAUUCAAACAUCGGAUUGUUCUGUGCAAAAGCAGUGACCUUUCAAAAACAUUUCCAGCUGCACAAUGCCAAGAGGAAAGCAAGCCUCCAGUCCGCAUCCGCUGUAGCUUAGGCCGAUGCCCCCCUCCUCGCUGGGUUACUGGAGACUGGGGACAGUGUUCUGCACAAUGUGGUCUGGGACAACAGAUGCGAACAGUGCAGUGUCUCUCAUAUACUGGACAAGCAUCCAGUGAGUGUCUAGAAACUGUUCGACCUCCAUCAAUGCAACAGUGUGAAAGCAAAUGUGACAGUACUCCCAUUUCCAACACGGAAGAGUGCAAAGAUGUGAACAAAGUGGCUUAUUGCCCACUGGUGCUGAAGUUCAAGUUCUGCAGCCGAGCAUACUUCAGACAGAUGUGCUGUAAGACCUGCCAAGGACACUGACCCACAGAAAGCAAGAGAGAGUGCCUUGUUAUAUCAUUGUGGAAAUGUGUCCAUCGAAGAGAGCCACACAGCGGAAUGGGAUUGAGGUCCUUGCAAAUACAUUACCCUGUGGAAAACGUAACCACUGGUCAGCCCCAGCUGACAGGAUUUCAAUAUUAUUUUAACUUCUGUGAAGUGGGAUUUAUUCAUCCAAAGUGCUGGACACAGUAUAAGGAGGGCAUGCCAAAUUGGAAAGAUCCACACAACACAUAUAGAAUAGCUUACUGUGGAACAUUUGUGUUCUUUUGACUAAAUCCAAUAGUCUGUUUACCUCCUUGGACCAUUAAAGUAAUUUUUAUUAUGGACUUAGCAAUGACACUGAAUCCAUUUAUAUUUAAAACUGUUUAAAAUGUAGCUGUUAUGACUUGGUCUACUAUGGAAGUAAAGAAGAAUCAAACAAUCUUAAGUCAUAGCUUAAAAUGUUAACUAUUUUAUCUCAUUACACAGCAUCACAAUUUAAAUUAUAAAAUGGCUUGGAAAUGUUAUUUAAGGAGCAAUUAUAAAUCUGAAGUAAAGAAAAUUAUAUUUUUUCCUUCAUUCCACCUAAUUCCCUUAGGAGUAAUUCAUAUUUGCUGAACACUGCUGUGAGCCAUAUAUUAAGUUAAACUAAACAAAACAACCAUAAGGAACUUAGUUUUAAGAGGUGCAACAGUUAUUGCAGGUGUGCAUGAAAUACAAGUGUGCUGAUAAAUCUGUGCUACAGAUAUAUAGCCAUUUUGCCAUUGUACAAGUGAAUCUGAGAUGUCCACUAAAAGGGAAAAACAUUUCAAUACCAUGGAGAAGCCAGAUUUCAAUAGUGGUGAAGACCAUAGUGCUGCAUACUUCACUACUAGUGUAUAGGCUUACAUUUUAUGACUCCAAUUCACUAUUGUUUACAUCACUAGCCACAGAGAGGCAUCUAGUCGUGUUUUACAUGUUACUCCCUACUCACGAUCACCAAGAAGUUCUAGUGCAAAAGAUAAAUGUACUGUGUAAUAGUAAGGCAGUCUCUCUGCAAACUUUGCUGACAAUUACAGUGGGUUCCAGAUGUUCCCUUCUUUGAUACAAUAGAAGGGCAUUUAUUUAUGAGAGUGUGUUUUAAUGCACAGAUUUGGAGACCGUAACAGAGUGGGCAAGGAUUACAACCAAAGAAUAAAAGAGUUAUGGGGACUUUCUGGUCAUAUUAUCAUAAUCUUAAUACUCACUGAAUACUUUUUUAGUUAAUACUCUGAGUUGCAUUUAAAUGUGAAACCAAACUACUUGGACAAGUCAGAUCCAGAAUUUAGAAUAGUCCUCUUCCCCUUCCCCUCUUGAUACAAGGUUCAACAAGGAGAUAAGGAAAGUGGGUACUUGUUUAUAUUAUAUAUUGUACUUGAACAUUUGCAGUUUGCAGCAGGUACUUGAUGAAUGUGCUUUUGUGACCAACUAUGUCUCCUUUGUUGUAGUGCAAUUAAAAUUAUGUGAACAACACAUUGUGUUAACACUAAAAAUCAAAUGGCACUUUUAAAAAAAAAGUACUCUUUCAAUGAAACAAGUAAGUUCAAUAAAUCACAUGAAAUCUAAAUGUCAGUGUAUUUAACAAAUAAUAAUAAGCCAAAUGUGUUGCACACUAUUUACUAAUGUGAAUUAACAAGGAAAAAAUAGAUAUUCUUAACAGGAUUCUUGUACUAUGAAACAUGUUGACAAUCUAUAUGUGGCAUUUUAUGUAGCCCACUUAUUCAGAACCAUCAAACUCCUGUCAUCUGCUACCUCUUGACAGUGUUUUUCACUUCCUUACACAUGUGACCAGUGGAAUUCAUUUCCAGUAAGCAUGACUUUACUCACAUACGGCCAUCUGCUGCUCUCAGUCCCCGUGUUCACAACUCCCAUUGUCACUGAUUCUCAAUAAAUAAAUAAAAAAAAUAAAAACUGGGAGUUGCAUAUAUGGAUCAAGGACAGGGUAUAGCCCUUAGUUAAUGAGUGAAUGACCUUUCUACAUCUAUUGAGAGAAUAACUUGGUGCUAGCAUGCGUUGACUAAGUCAAAAAUAUGAUAAAAGGGAAAGGUGUUGCUGUGGCAUUCUCUAAGCAAGCAGCUUCUUUGUAUCAGGAUCUGGUUUUCUCCAGGGCAUAAUUGUGUUUAUUAGCUAAUGUGUCUGUUCGACUAACAAGAAAGUUUUUUUUUUUUUUUAAGUAUUCAAAAUGAACUUUUUUUUUUUUACCUCACUUAGUACAUUAAAGUUGCAAGGAGUGUUUCCACAGACACAUUUUGCUCUCUCACUGGUGCUAGAGGACUAGGGAGUCCAAUGUUUACUCUGCAACUUAAAACAGCACUGAGGUUGGAAAUUUAAGGAACUCCCUGGAGCAACAUUGAUUUGCAUUGUUAAAGGGAACAAAACCCAGAAUGUAUUUGAAUUUACAAACUAAACCACACUUCUGACUAAGACCUGAAAAUAAAACCUAAUUGAAAGGAAAAAAAACCAUUGGUUUCCCCAGCACAGUUCAUUGCUGCUGCUACACUGUAGCCACCUAUGUAAGCUAAGCUAAAUAAUGUUAUAUUCUUAAGUAGUGACAAUAAGACUAUGUGUUUAGGCUGUAUAAAUAUUACAGGCCUAGAAUCAAAUAGUAGAGUACUAAAUACACAGAGCAAUCUGGUGCAGUACUUCCAUUCAGCAAUAUCACCAACUGAAGCAGAUCAAACUAAAAGGAAAAAAAAUUCUAUAAAUAAAACCCUUCAAAGUGUAUACACCCAGAAAUAAUCCAUUUCAUUAGGAACUUUGUUAAUGGAGUGAAUGUCACAUAGAUAUCCUUAAUAAUACAGACUGAAGAUAUCUUUGUAUUAUUGUGAUUAGUUGCUUAUUAUUUUAUACUCAGUAUUAAUGUGGUACACUGUUACUUUAUUAUUAUUUUUUGCUUUUGUAAAUUAUAUUCUAAUUUAUUGUCAUAUUUCCUAACACAUGUUCUACAUGCAUUCUCCUGCUUGUAAUGAAAACAAAAGUAUUGUAACACUUGAUGCAGUGAAAUUCCACACCAGGCACAGAUUUGUUUUUAACAUAGUUAAUUUAGUAAAAUAAAACUGCAGCUUUUAAAAAUGGCGUCCAUGGUAAAGUUGUCU